AUGGCACCCAUCCGCAUCGGCAUCGUGGGGCUAUCAAGCAAACCGGGAGCAUGGGCGACGCUCGCACAUCUACCACGACUGGCAUCAUCGCCGAACUUCCAGAUCGUGGCACUGUGCAACUCGUCGCUGGAGUCGACGCGGGCGGCGAUCAAGGCGCACCACCUGCCGGAGAGCACCAAGGCCUACGACACGUACGAGGCGCUGGCGGCGGAUCCGGACGUCGAUCUGUACGUGGUGUCGACGCGGGCCGACACGCACUACGAGGUCGCGAUGCCGGCGCUCCAGGCCGGGCGCAACGUCUACGUCGAGUGGCCGCUGGCGGCGACGACGGCGCAGGCCGUGGAGAUGGCCGCGCUCGCCAAGCAGAAGAACCUCAAGACCAUCAUCGGCUUGCAGGGCCGCGUGGCCCCGAGUGUGCGCAAGGUCAAGGAGUUGGUCGACUCGGGCGCGUUGGGCGACAUCCACAGUGUGAAUUUCCAGGGUGCGAUACACGUGUGGCAGAACAAUGCGGCGGGCAACAGGUAUCAUUAUUUUAUGGAUCGCAAGGUCGGUGGGAACCUGUUGACCAUCUAUGGUGGCCACAUUCUGGAUUCCAUCUUCUACGCGCUGGGGGAGUUGGCGCCGGGGAAGUAUGUGCCUCUGGCGGGCAAUCUCAGGCCGAAGAUGCACAUCACGCAAGAGGACGGGUCGUUGUCGAAGGAGCUCUACGAUAAAGACACGCCGGAUCAGAUUCUGCUGCAGGGCCGGUUGGACAGGAGUCCGCCCGCGGUGUUCAGCUUCCACUUGAGGGCGGGUGACAGGUUCAUCAACGGUCCAGGCUCCGUGUGGAAGAUAUACGGGACGAAAGGGGAGUUGGCCGUGGAGUUCGCCAGCGCGGGACCCCAGAUUGGAGCGGCGACGAGUAUUCGAUUCUCGAAUGCGGAGAAAGGAGAGGUCGAAGACAUCACCUGGGAUGAAGGCGGGAGUGAGUGGACCGAUUUACCUACACAGGGGCAGAAUAUUGGGAGGUUAUACGAGGCAUAUGCUGCUGGGGAGGCGUAUGGGGAUUUUGAUCUCGCGGUUAAACGACACCAGUUGAUAGACGAGUUUUGGGCGACUUUGGAAUGA